UUUAAAAUACCACGAGAUCAACGGGGUCAAUGCCAAGGCCGAAGAGACAACUUAAACGGGCGGCUGCCCGUGAUACUCAAGACCCAGGACAAGCACGCAGGCCAGGCCGGCGCAGGGCUCAACGCCAACAGACCAACAAUAACGAACAAAAUGUCCAGGCUCAACUGGCACCCCCUCAGCCCCAGGCAGUCCAACUACCCCAGGCAGCCCCACAGCAUCAGGCGGCACUGUUACAACAGGCAGCCCCACCACAGCAAGCCCAGGAUCAGGCGGGUCCUGUCAGAGUUUGGAUUGUCGGAUCUUCUAUCAUCAAACGAGCAGCUAUGAGUGCAGUAUCAAGACAGGGGGGGGGGGGGGGCUUAAUCUUAAUCUCGAGAAUACUUCAGUCUUAUGGCAGGGAUAUAGUGGCAUGA